GGCAUAUGACUCUGCUCAGAAUCAGGUCAGAAAACACACAACUGAAACCUUGCCAUGAACCCACUUAUAUCUUUACUUCAAUGCCUUCUAAUUGCAAUUUCUCUAUUUAUCACACCCCCAGUUUCUGCUUCACCCUUAAACAUCCCAAGGCUGAGUCCAACUGGAGGAACAUUUGAACAUGGAAAUUAUUUUGCAGACGGCCAACCCAAAGCUUUGUCUAACUUCGAUCCAAACGAUUUUGAAACCUUUUAUUACAAACAAACACUUGACCAUUUCAACUUUAGGCCUGAUAGCUUCUCCACUUUUCAACAAAGAUAUUUGAUCAAUUCCAAGUAUUGGGGCGGCUCCAAUGUUAGUGCACCAAUAUUGGCUUACUUGGGCGCAGAAGAAGCAGUUGAUAAUUCUCUUUCUAGUAUUGGAUUUCUCAGUGAAAACGCCAAUCAGUUACAAGCUCUCCAGAUAUUUAUAGAGCACCGGUACUAUGGGAAGUCCAUCCCAUUCGGAUCAAGGGAGGAAGCAUUUCAGAAUGCAAGCACUCUUGGGUACUUCAACUCAGCCCAGGCAAUAGCAGAUUAUGCAGAGAUCCUCAUAGAUGUAAAGAAACAACUCCGCGCCGAACAUUCUCCGGUGAUUGUUAUCGGUGGAUCAUAUGGUGGAAUGCUUGCUUCUUGGUUUCGGCUAAAAUAUCCCCAUGUCGCUCUAGGAGCUCUAGCCUCAUCAGCUCCAAUCCUUUACUUUGAUGACAUUAUCCCACCAGAAAAGGGAUAUUAUUCCAUUGUUACAAAGGAUUUUCGAGAAGUCAGUGAGACUUGCUACCAAACGAUUAAAAAGUCGUGGUCUGUAAUUGAUGAGAUUGCUUCUCAGCCUGAAGGCCUCUCAGUUCUUAGCAGAAAGUUUCAGACUUGCAGGCCCUUGAAGAAAUCGUCCGAGCUGAAGAACUACUUGGAUAAUUUGUAUCGUAACGCAGCUCAAUACAAUAGUCCACCAAGUUAUCCAGUUACUGUUGUCUGUGGUGGCAUUGAUGGAGCUCCUCAUGGAAAUGAUACUCUAGGCAAAAUAUUUGCUGGUAUUGUUGCAUACGGAGGAAACAAGUCAUGCUAUGUUAACGAACCCAAAAAUGAAUCCGAAUCAGAUGUAGGGUGGAGAUGGCAGACAUGUAGUGACAUGGUGAUACCCAUAGGCAUCAGCAACGACAGCAUGUUUCCAGCUAACCAAUUCGAUCUAAAUGACCACAUCGAAUGGUGCAAGGAACAGUAUGGCGUCCCUCCUCGGCCUCAUUGGGCCACUACUUACUUUGGAGGCCAUGAUAUAAAACUGGCUCUCUCCAGGUUUGCUAGCAACAUCAUUUUCUCCAAUGGGCUAAGAGAUCCUUACAGUAGCGGAGGGGUGUUGGAUAACAUAUCAGACACGGUCGUUGCAGUCCAUACAAAAAAUGGGUCUCAUUGCUUGGAUAUAGUUGGUGCAAAUACUACUGAUCCAGACUGGUUGGUGAAUCAGCGGAAAGUUGAGGUGAAGAUUAUUAAAGGAUGGUUGGACAAGUAUUAUGCCGAGCUGCGGGCAUAUUCAAAUAAUAAAUCGAUACCACUUCAAACAAUUAAAACCGUGGAAGGAAUACAUUAGGGCAAUCCAGGUUACAAGUUUUUCUGUGUCAUCCCGGAAAACUCCUUAGUUUUUCUAGUAUCAAUGUCAUCCCAAAGUUUCUAUUGUUCAGAACGUAUUAAAUC